CCAUUUAAUUUAUACCCAUUUAAUAAAUAUUCUAUUGAAUUUUCUUCUUUUUAGAAUGUGCAGCACUGGUUAAACAAGGAAAAGUUUAUGGAGUUGGUACUGAAGAUAUGGAUGCUUUGACAUUUGGUGCUGAUGUACUUGUACGUCAUUUAACUUUUAGUGAAGCACGAAAAAUGCCUAUUCGUGAAUAUUCAUUAUCAAAAGCACUUCUCGGUUUAGGAAUUAAUUUUGAAGAAUUUACAGAUUUAUGUAUUUUACUUGGUUGUGAUUAUUGUGAUUCGAUAAAAGGUAUUGGACAAAAACGUGCACUUGAUUUAAUCAAACAAUAUCGUAAUAUUGAAACUAUUCUUAAAAAUAUUGAUAGAAAAAAAUAUGGUGUACCUGAUGAAUGGGCUUAUGAACAAGCAAGACAUUUAUUCAAAGAACCUGAUGUUUUACCAGCUGAUGCAACUGAUCUUAAAUGGACUGAACCUGAUGAACCAGCUCUUGUACAAUAUAUGGUUACUGAAAAAGGAUUCUCGUAA